AUGGAUCAGAAGCAGAAAGAUACUAAGCCCGAGCAGCAGACCCACGAUUCAAAGACGGACCUUUCUAAUGACUUGGAUCUGAGCUUAUCGGUCAAAUCCUCCAAAGAUGCCGCCUCCACAGUAAGACCCAAGUCUUUUGGUAUCCGCAAAUCCGAGGUAAUCAUGGCUCAAAUGACGAAUUGGUGGGCAAAAGGAUGCUUCUACUUCACAAUCUUCCUUUGCAUGUACAUCGCCAUGUUGGAGAAUUCCGCUCUCAGAGUGUUCACUGGGUAUGCAACUGACUCAUACAGACAACACUCUCUAAUGUCGACCAUUAGUGUAAUCAGAGAUGUCGUUGGUGCUGCAUCAUUACCCUUUUUUGCUCGAUUGUCCGAUAACUUCGGUCGGUUUGAGUUGUUCAUUGUUGCUUUGGUUUUCAGAGUCAUUGGUGUGAUCAUUCAAUUCAAUGCCUUCGAUAUUGAAAGAUAUGCUGUUGGAGCAGUAUUGUAUGGUUUUGGUGCAGCUGGAAUGAGAAUUAUAUGGCAAAUCAACUUAUCUGACGCCUCAACAUUACGUUGGAGACUUUUGGCGGUUGGUGUAUUGAGCAUGCAAACUAUUGUGAAUACCUGGUCGAGUGGUGAGGUUACCUCUAGUCUUUUGGAGUAUCAUGACUGGAGAUUUGGUAUUGGUAUGUGGGCUUUCAUUACUCCAUUGGUUUGUCUUCCAUACAUGGUUAUGUUCCUCACCUUGAUAAUUUUGGCAUCCAAGACGGAUGUAUGGAGAGAAAUCCGUGCUGAAGAGAAAGAGGAGUUUCUUGAGGCAAAUCCAAGUGCAAGAAGGUUUCUCGAUAAAAUGAGAUCCAAUAAAUGGUACUCUUUGAACAGAGCGUCUGCCACCAUGAAGUACCUUGGUAUUGUGAUCAGACAGUAUUUGCAUGACAUCUUCUGGAAAGUCGACUUCAUUGGCUGUCUCUUCAUUGCUGUGGGCUUUGGCUUGAUCUUGGCUCCGUUGACGUUGGCUGGAGGCUACGAGUCUAGAUGGCAAGAUGCCUCUACCAUCAUACCCCUUGUAUUUGGCUUUCUCACCAUCCCCAUUUUUGUGCUUUGGGAAACCAAAGUAACGAAGAGACCAAUGCUUCCGUUUAAGGUCAUGAAAAACAGAGGAGUGUGGGCUGGUUUCUUGGUGGGGAUUUUUGCCAACAUCAUGUCUCGUAUGCCAAAUGCUUAUGCUUACCCGGUGUUACUUGUGGGUAUGAAUGCUUCUGAGCUUGUGGCUACCCGUACUCCACAAUUGGGUAGGUUUGUCGAAGGCAUUGCUGUCCCAAUCUUAGGAUUUGUGUUGGCGAGAGUGAGAAGAACGAAGGGGUUUGUGCUUUUUGGAAAUUGUGUCAUGUGUAUUGCGAUGGGUGUUUUCGUUCAUUUCAGGGGAUCAAAUGACGGACUUCGAGACAAGUAUUUCCGUGACGGUGUUGCCAUCGGAAUGUGUCUUCUUGGAUUUGCAACCAUGUUCUACACCAGAGUCGUUGCAGUAUCUGUCCAGGCAUGCACCAACCACGAGUACAUGGCAAUUGUAACUUCUAUUUUUGCAGCCUUCUACAGAAUUGGAGCUGCAGCUGGGUCCUCCAUCUCAGGUGCCAUUUGGACACAAGACAUGCACAGAACCAUCAGAAACCACAUGGUGGAAUUGGGUGUUGACCCAUCCUUGGCUAAUAUGGCCUACGAGUCUCCGUAUCGUUUUAUUGAGCGGUGGGAAUGGGGAACCCCUGCGAGAAGAGCUGUCAGUAUAGCGUAUGCUGAGAUUCAGAAGAAGCUUUGUAUCACGGGUCUUUGUCUCUGUGCCCCUAUGUUCGUGUGGAUCUUCUUAUUACGUGAUCAUCGUUUAGCAGAUGCUCAGAACUUGGAUGACGAAGGAUUAAUGGCAGAGGGCAAAACUACGGAUGAAGCUGCCGAACGCAAAAAGUCCCAGGUGGUGUUCACUGAUGACAAAGACUACAUCAUGGACUUUGUUAAGAAAAUUUUCGGCCGGAAGGGAUUAGCCGCUGAGUCAAAGGUCUAA